AUGGUUACGAUAAACCACUUCAACAAGGAUGUUGCUACUCACAAAAAGAUGAUCUAUAAGAACCUAUGUGCCAAUGUCAUACGUAAUGAAAACAUAGUAACCACACAAGCAAAAGCCAGACAAGCACAACCUCAUAUUGAACGAUUUUUGAGCAAAGCACUCGCUGAAAGUAAAGCCAUCGCCAAAACCACAACCGCAACCACAACCGCCACCGACACCAACAACAAUAACUCUUUAAUAUCUGCAGACAAGCUCAAUAAGAUCAAAGCAUUUGAUUAUUUACAACCACCAGAUAAGCAAGAUGUAGGCUUGAAAAUAAUUCGUGAAUUAACUAAUCGGUACCAAGACAGGGACCAUGGUUUUACCAGAAUAAUCAAAUUAGAACCGAGAUUGGGUGAAGAUAAAGCACCAAUGUGCGUAUUGGAACUAGUUGACUCGAAAUACGAAAUUAAAUUGUGGUUUACUGCCAAGGCGGUUGCUAAAUUGGAAUUGCAAAAUAUUCCCUUGGACGAUAUAACUGAAUUGAAUGUGAGGAAAUUGACUAGUGGUAGACCGGAUGGAGAACAAGUGUUUAGGAAUGCUGUUGAAACUUGUAAACGGGAGUUUUUCAAACAUGGAGUUGAAAAAGAGGCAGCAGCGGGAAAAGAGAAAGGUGCCACUGCGGGUACUACAGUUGAUGAAAAAUUGAAAAAACUGUUGGAGAGUUUGCCAAAUAUGGAAAGACACGUUGGGGAAUUGAAAGGGAAAUUGUUGGUUUCUAAAAAAUACAAGACUAAACCAAGAAGGACAAAUGCAACAACUCCCAAGGAAUCAGUGGUGCCUCCAUCGCCAUUUUUAAAAUCAGCAUAG